AUGUAUUCUUUCCUAAUGCUUGUAUGUGUAAUUUACUGUUUGCGCUUUCGCGCGCCCUCAGAUUUGCUUUCUCGAUUUCGCCUGUGGAUCGUUUCCAACCGUAUCAUCAAACUGUGCGGUGGUACUCGAGGUAGUACUCCAUCUUCCAAUGAUUGCAGCUCUCUGCUGGCAGCUCUGACUGGAAAGAUAAUGUCGGAGCCAAGAUCAGCAUCAGCCUCAAUGCCGUCUGCUGUCCUGGCAUCGAGAUGCGUCGCUUCACCUGCUGGAUUCGGAUCCAAUCCCAGCUAA